AUGGCGCUGCGCCCUCGGGCCUCCUCCCAGCCGGGGAAGCUCUCCUUCCUCCACAGUCCCAAGGUGGCGGCGGCGCUCCGGCCUCGAGCUGCAUCCCAGCGCUCGGGCUCCAUGCUGGAGGAGGAGCUGUCCUGUCCCGUCUGCUGUGAGAUCUUCAAGGAGCCCGUGGUGCUGAAGUGCAGCCACAGCUUCUGCCGGGCCUGCCUGCAGCAGUUCUGGAACAAGAAGAAGGCCCGGCGCGAGUGUCCGGUCUGCAGGAGCAAGGUCUCUCUGAUGGAGCCCACGGUCAGCCUGGUGCUGAAGAACGUGGCCGACACCUUCCUGAGGGAGCAGGAGCAGGAGCGCCAGGCGGCCGCGGGCGGGUCGGGGUCAUGGGUCAAUGGUACCGGGCCGGAGGAGCCAAGGAUGGUGGAGGAGAAAUGCAUCAUUCAUGGAGAAGUUCUCAAGCUCUUCUGUCUCGAUGACUCUGAGGUGUUGUGCUGUGUGUGUCACACGGCCAAGAAGCACCAGGGCCACCGGGUGUGUCCGCUGGAGGAGGGGGCGCAGGACCUGAAGUCCGGGCUGAAGAAGGAUCUGAUCCCUCUGAAGAAAAACCUGCGUCACCUGUAUCAGGCCAAACAGGAGUGUGAUGACACAACUGUCCACAUCAAGAACCAGAUCCAGGCCACAGAGAAGCAGAUCAAGGAGGAGUUUGAGCAGCUGCGGGUGUUCCUGCAGAAGGAGGAGACGUCUCGUCUGGCUUCCCUGCAGCAGGAGGACGAGGAGAAGAGAGAGCUGGUGCAGAGGAAGUCCAACGGCAUCACCAGAGAGAUCCUCACCUUCUCUCACGCCGUCAUCGCCAUCGAGAACGAGAUCGCGUCCAGCGAUGCGCUCUUCCUUCAGAAUUACACAAACACAAAGAAAAGAGCUCAGAUCCCACACAAGGACCCGGAGAAAAUGUCGGGCGCGCUUGUGAAUGUGGCCAAACAUGUCAGCUCCCUCAAAUAUAAUGUGUGGCAGAAGAUGGUGGAGCUGGUUCACUACACUCCCAUCACCCUGGACCCCAACACCGCCUACUCCUUGCUGUCCCUCUCCUCGGACCUGACCAGCGUCUCUAACAGCGGUCGCCUGAAGCAGCUGCCGGACAACAACGAACGCUUCGGCCACUUUGUGUUCGUGCUGGGCUCGGAGGGCUUCACCUCGGGCCGCCACGCCUGGGAGGUGGAGGUGGGCGACAAGGUGGACUGGAUGCUCGGGGUGGUCAACGAGUCCAUCGACAGGAAGGGCCGCAUCUCGGGCUGUCCCGAGGGCGGCUUCUGGAUGAUCUCGCACUACGAGACCGAGUACGCCGCCAUGACCAGGCCCAGCACGCCGCUGCACCUGCAGGGCGAGCUGACCCGAGUCAGGGUGCAGCUGGACUACGACGCCGGGGAGGUGACCUUCUCCAACCCUGUCAGCAUGACGUCCAUCUUCACCUUCACAGGCUGCUUCACUGAGAAGAUGUUUCCCUUCUUCUGCCCCGGCGCCAACAUCAACGGGAAUAACCCCGACGCCCUGAAGAUCUGCCCCGCCAAGGUGGCCGUGUGGAACAGUGCCACCUGGUGA